AUGUCUUCCGCUCAUGGAGACUGGGUUGCCUAUACAUACUACCCCUCAAUGGGCGCAGCAGUAGUAUUCGUCGUUCUCUUCGCAAUCGUGACUAUUCUGCAUACCUUCCAAAUGUUCCGCACGAGGACAUGGUUCUUCAUCCCGCUUGUCAUUGGCGGAUGCUUUGAACUCGUCGGUUACAUUGGCCGUGCAAUGUCAUCAAAACAGUCCCCCGACUGGACACUCGGUCCCUACGUCAUGCAAAGUACACUCCUCCUUAUCGCCCCGGCGCUCUUCGCAGCAAGCAUCUACAUGGAACUCGGCCGUCUCAUCCUCAUGGUGAAAGGGGAACAGCUUGCGCUUGUUCGCGUGAGCUGGAUGACAAAGAUCUUCGUUGCCGGCGAUGUGCUGAGCUUCCUGAUGCAGGCAUCUGGGGCUGGUCUCAUGGUCACGGGCUCGGAGGGAUCAAAAGGCACCGGCCAGAAUGUCAUCAUCGGCGGUCUCAUCGUUCAGAUUGUCUUCUUUGGCUUCUUCCUCCUCAGCUCGGUCAUCUUCCAAUUCCGCCUCACUGGCAAUGCUGGUGCGUCUGCUGUCGCGGAUGAGUACCCUUGGCGCAAGCACAUGUGGGCCCUGCAGGGGUCCAGCAUUCUUGUUCUGAUCCGGUCUGUGGUUCGCGUUGUUGAGUAUGUUCAGGGAGAAACUGGAUAUGUGAUGGAGCACGAAGUGUUCAUUUAUGUCUUUGAUGGCUUGCUGAUGUUCGCGGUCAUGGCCAUUUUCAUUGCCAUCCACCCAAGUGAAAUCAACUACCUCCUUGGUCGAGGCCAUGUUGUGACGGCCAUGGGUGGAUUGAAGGUGAAGGAGGGAUCGAUGGUCUGA